AUGUUAUCCCUUCCGGUGCUCAUCGUAACAUCUCUACUUGCCAGCAUCGUAGAUGCUCAACGUGUAUCGACGAACGGCCGUUGCGGCGCAAGCUUUGGCCUCACCUGUGCUGGGUCAAGUUUUGGGCCCUGUUGCUCAUCGCAGUCGUGGUGUGGCACGACAGCAGAUCAUUGUAAUACUGGAUGUCAAGCAAAUUACGGACAGUGUAAGAUACCGACGACUGCUCCUGCAACGAAGGUUUCAGAGGAUGGACGCUGUGGUCCACAACAUGGAGGUCAAACCUGCGCGGGUUCGCGCUUCGGUGAUUGCUGCUCGCAGUAUAGCUACUGUGGAAGCACAAACGCAUACUGCGCUGCCAGUAUUUGCCAGAAAGGUUUCGGCUCAUGUAAUGGUGCCUCGCCCUCCUCUGCCACUAGGUCAACAUUGACCUCCGUCGUCGUACCUCCGGGAUCGUCUUCCGCCGUGGUUGGUACUUCUUCCUGCUCUGCGGUUACUGUAACCGCAUCCCAGUCUGCUACCACGGUUUCUGGUGCUAUCACUACAGUUACGCUGCCUGGUGACAAGGUUACCACAACGAUCACGAUCCCAGGAGAGGGAGAAGUCACCACGGUUACGGUCCCCGGAGAAAAGACAACGGUGACACUUCCUCCGUCAACUUCAACGCUUACAGUUCCUGGUGCUGGGGAAGUCACCACCGUCACCGUACCUGGGGAUGAAAAGACGUCUACACUGACCGUUCCUGGAGAUGCUACGACUGUCACACUUCCUGCCGCGACUGUAACAGUACCAAUCACACUCCCUGGUGAAGAGACAACAUCUGCCCUCACAAUUCAUGGUCCGGGAGAAAUCACUACUGUCACAGUACCCGGCGAAGCCUCGACCGUCACAAUUCCAACGACAGUAACCCUACCUGGAGAGGAUUCUACUGUCACGCUUCCCGUCACUCUCCCAGCUGAGACGGUCACCCUCCCUGGCGAUCUAGCAACGACUACUGAAACGAUUUCUGCUUCGACGGUCACCGUCACAGCGACUGCCACGCCCAGUGCUGGUGCUAGUCCAUGUUCUCCAAGUGCCAAUGCCGUUGUCAACGGCGACUUCGAGACUUCUCUGCCCGGCACAUGGAGUAUACUCACUGCUGGCGACGCAGACGUGGUACGAAUAAGCGUUUCAGCAAGCUCAUUCGUUGUUCGAUCAAGGAUCAACGCCGGAAACAGCAAUUUGCCGCAACGCCUCGUCCAGGCCGUUACUCUGUGCCCUGGAACUACUUAUCAAGUGGGUUUCCAGGCGCGCCGCGUAACUAGUAGCGGUACCAUUUCUGCAAUGGCCUAUGUCAACGAUGUUGCUCUAGCUGGUGGUGUGGUCACAGCCACCUCUUUCACGUCUGUUGCAACUAUCAACGGUGGGUAUUUCAGUACCACUGCCAGUAGCGUUAUCCUCAGGAUCGAGUUCGCCUAUUCAGGUGGAUCUGGGUCGGCGAAGGAAGUCCAGGUUGACAAUGUGGCAAUUACUCCGGUUUCGUAG